AUGGUCAAAGGGAAAAAGCCCUCGCAGAACGAGGAGAACGGAGAUGUUACGGACGACCCGUUAGAGGGGUCGGAGUUCCAGGGUCCAAAGUUAGGCGCGGCGAAAAAGGGAAAGAACCAAAGUCAUCUGGACGAAGGGCUGACGUCGAUCGCCCCCUCCGCGUCGUCGUUAGCUAGUGCGGAACGGCCUUCUCUCAGGGAGUCCAGGAGGGCAAGGCAGCAAAACAGAUUCGUGUGGACUCUGACGCUCUUGAAGGGGAAAAAGAGAGCCCCUCGUGGCUCUGUCAAGGCAGCUGUGGAUGUAGACCAAAGUUUAAAGACGUUAACAAAGAGGAGGAGACCCGGCGGACCCGGAGAGUCCGACAAGGCUGAUCAGGUACGUCUCGGGAACGACGGGAACGGGGUUGAUGGCAAGGCCCACGGGUCCAGUUCAAAGCCAUCCCGAAGAAGCACCAGCGACGUGCUUUCAUCCGCCCGGAGAGGCAACACGGACGUGCUGAACUCCAGCCAGGACGUCGCCGUGUCCCCCAAACCAGUAUGCAAACAGAGGGGAAAGAGUAAGGACAUGAGCACUUCCCCAGAAGCGGGGACCGAAGCCGGACAGGAACCUGCGGCGCCUCCCGUCGGAGAGACGGGCACGGCGUCGAGCGAGGACCUGAGCGCGACCGCUAAACGACCUCUGACCUUUCGCGUGAAAAGAAGGAAAGCCCUGUUCGGCCGCCGGAGGAAGCCGGAGCAGGAAUUGCGACGGAAGAUGCGUCAGGGGCCCGUUAUUCCCCGAAAACGGAGACGAAGGCUUAACCCGUAUGUGUAUUUGGACUCUCCCGUCGAGCCGAGCGACCAACAGUUGGCUGAAGAGAGUGCAGGAACUGAGACAGAACCAGGGUUCUCUGUGAGUGACGCUCCGCCCGGAGCUGGAGCCUUCGCGCCGGUGGUUACCGCUCGGUCAGCCAGGGUGAUCAAGACUCCCAGAAGGUUUAUGGACGACGAGACCAUGUCCUUCGUCAUUCCACGGAGCCCACAAAAGAAGUUCGGUCAAGCUGGGAUCCAGAAACCUUCCCAAGACGAAGAGCCAGUCAGCGAAGCGCAGAAGGAGAACUCGUUGAAAGAUGAGGUGCAGCAGCCGCUGAGCGUGACGUUCCAGGUGCCUGAAGAUCCCGAGGUUUGCUCUUUGGAAGUGAAGACGAACGCUCAAGGAGGGAAGCCCUUCUUUAGGGUGGCGGGAUCCGGACGUGGCCGGGACGCGUCGCAGCUGAAGAUUUAUGACAGACUGAAGAGACUCACCGCUAGCCUCAAUCAAAGAAGAAUGCAGCGAGUGUUGAGCGGCGGCUCGGGGAGUCGCGGCGGAGUAUCUGAAGCGGAUGCCCGGAAGGAGGAGGGAGGUGACGCUGUGCUUCUGGGGAAGAGGAAGAGGAGGAGGAGGAGAUCUGAGCUGAAGAUGGAGGACCUGAAUUCUCCUGGGGUUGUGCGCCGACUGGCUGUGCACGUCAGCAAGUCUGGGUUAGCACCCUCCGCGCAGGACGGAGGAGUUAUCGCGGCGUCCCAGGAAAAUGAUGAGAACGUCGCUCAGACGGAGGGUUCAGCCGAGCAGGGCGGAGACGCUGAGGACACACAGGUGGUGGUUGAGCAAGGGGGCGUUACCCACAGGGUCCACCUGACGGGCUCGAACAGACGCAUGUUCCACCUUCUGAAGAGAGCCAAGGUCCAGCUGAUCAAGAUCGACCAACAGAAACAGCUCAAGUCCUCUCAGCUGCUGUUGGGGACAGUGCAAACCAGAGAUGCAGCAUUGUCAAGGGUGAGGAAAAGGAGGAGGAUGAUGGUCCGAGGAAACAGGGAGGGAGCCCCGCAGGAGCAUCCGAGGGAAGGUCCGCGGAUCAAACACGUGUGUCGGGCGGCGGCGGUGGCGUUGGGACAGCCGCGGGCCAUGGUGCCGGACGACAUUCCCCGUCUCAGCGCGCUGCCCCUGCACGAGAGAGAGGGCAUCACCCCGUCCGCCAUGACCGAGGAUGCAGGUUCUCCCUCAGAUCCGGAGAGUCCCGGCACCCCCGAGCCCAAGCCCGUCCGCAUGCGCAGGUCCGGCGGAGGCGGCGGGUUUGGCUUGCGGUCGCGACGGUGUUACCGCUGUAAGGGCUGUCUCCAGGAAGAGGACUGUGGGAAGUGCGUGUUCUGUCUCGACAAGCCCAAAUACGGAGGGCCGAACAAGAAACGACAGUGCUGCAUGUUGAGGAAGUGCUCUGUGAUUGAGGAAAAGAAGAUGAGGAGAUUAGGAGGGAAGUUGUACCGAGUCCAGAUGAAGCGACAGAGGUUGUCGGCAGACGCUGGAGCCACCAGCGGUGAUGAUGAGGACGACGAAGAGGCAGGUUGCGAGAGAGGGGAGGGGUCGACGGGCCACGGCGAAGUCCUGAGCCCCUCCAGGAGGCAGCCGAAGAGACGAGUCACGCCACGCUGCUAUAGCAACCUGCUGGAAUCCGACUCCACGGACACGGACGCAGUCGAAGUGACGACGGAGAAAAAGAAAACCGCCUCCCCACCGCGUCAAGAUAACGAAGGCCCCGAGGACACGCUGGAAAACUUGAUGAGGCAGCGAAGAGUAGGGCUACCCAGAGGACGGCGACGGUUCGACAAGAAUUCUUUGGAGAACACGCCGCCCAGCGUCUUGGCCGCUCUCGCCAACGGAUACACGCAGCGGGAACCUCGGCCGCAGGAAGCAAGACACAAGAUCCGCGUCGACUUUAAGGAAGACUGUAACAUCCAAAACGUGUGGCUCAUGGGAGGACUCAGUAUUUUAACGUCGGUGCCUGUCCUGCCUCAGUGUGUGUGUCUGCUGUGUGCCAGCAGGGGGCAGCACAAUCUGAUCUUCUGUCAGAUGUGUUGUGAGCCGUUUCACUGGUUCUGCCUGCCGGCGGACGAUCGCCCGAAAGACGAAAACAAGGAGAAUUGGUGCUGCCAGCGCUGCAAGUUCUGCCACGUAUGUGGCCGCAAGAGCAAGCACUCCAAGCCCGUGUUACAGUGCAGAAGGUGUUUCCAUUGCUACCACCCAGCCUGCCUGGGGCCCACAUACCCCAAACCUGUGAAGUGCAAUAUGCCCUGGGUCUGCAUGAUGUGUAUCCGAUGUAAGAGCUGCGGCGUAACUCCGGGGAAAUCCUUGGAUAUCACCUGGAAUACCGAGCUUGACCUCUGCCCUACCUGCAGCACCCUCCACAGCCAAGGUAACUUCUGCACAGUGUGUCUGAAGUGUUGUGAGGAGAACGAGUUUGACAGUCAGAUGAUUCAGUGUGCCAGGUGUGCCCACUGGGUCCACGCCAGGUGUGAAGGACUCACAGAUGAUCUCUAUGAGAUCCUGAGCAGGCUGCGGGGGAAGAAGAGUCUGGUCUUCACCUGUAAGGUGUGCAGUAAAGACUUUCCCAGUAACUGGAGGGAUGUGGUGGAGGGGGUGCUGCGGGCGGGGCUGGAGAAAAUUCUCACGGGCCUCAGAACGUCCAAGCUGACCCGUCACCUCCACACCUGCAAGCAAUGUGAGGUGGGCCCACGUGACUCAGAUGGACCCAGGGACGAGCAGACGCUGUGUGAUCUACAAGCUGUGCAGAAGAGGUUUGAGAGAGGCCUGUACACAUCACUGGACGCAUUCCAUCAGGACGUGGUGAAGGUGAUGAAGAGGCAGCUACAGGAGGAAGAGUGUGGUGCUGACGCCCAGAGGCCCACAGGUCAGGCCAAGGCCCACUACUUAAAGCUAUUGGAAGGUGUUUUCAGUUGGUUCAGUAGCCAGGACAAGAAACUCUGGGACCCUCUUUCAAAGGAAUUCCCAUGUGGUAUGCUCUCGGAGGCGGUCCUCCCUCCUUCGGCUGAGCACAGUUAUGCCCAGUGGCUGGAGAGAGAGGAGAGGGACCAAGAGAGGCCCAAAUCUCAAGAGGAUCGCUGGAACUCGGAGCGGAAGUUUUGCCAGGAUGAAAGGCAGUGCUCUCUCUGUCAGCAGUGUGGAGACGCCAAACCUAACGAUGCUGGAAGGUUGCUGUAUUUGGGACAGAACGAAUGGGCUCACGUGAACUGCUGUGUGUGGUCCGCGGAGGUGCAGGAACUCAGGGGGGCGCUGUUACAUGUCCACAGUGCUGUCGCCAGGGGCCGGUUCAUGCGCUGUGAACGCUGUGGCCAGCCGGGGGCGACGGUGGGCUGCUGUCUCACCUCCUGCCAAAGUAACUACCACUUCAUGUGUGCCCGCGUCAGCAACUGUGUCUUUCAGCAAGACAGGAAGGUCUACUGCUACAAACACCACGACCUCGUCAACAACAAGGUAGUGACUGGGAACGGCUUCGAGGUGGUCCGACGGGUUUACGUGGACUUCGAAGGUAUUAGCCUCCGCAGGAAGUUUCUCACAGGCCUGGAACCCGAAUCCAUUAACAUGAUGAUUGGCUCUCUGCAGAUUGAAAAAUUGGGCGUGCUUACAGAACUGUCUUCAAAUGCAGGAAAGCUCUUCCCCGUGGGAUACAGGUGUUCUCGAUGGUACUGGAGUACUGUCGACCCUCGUAAACGCUGCAGGUAUACCUGCACAGUGACUGAAGUGAGGCCCUCGGCGUCUGGGAAACCUCUGAAAGGGGUCAACUGUCAGGAGGAGAACCGCACCAUUGCACACAGUCCAAAACCUCACACAGAAGUGGAAAAUUCUGAGACCGAGAUGGUCCUGGCUGCCGAGGUACCGCCAAGAACUCCGUCUCCUCACUCCAAACAGGACUCUGGGAUGAAGACCCAAGGGUACUGUCACACCAGAAGGCCAGCAGGUGGAACAUCCAGGCCUUUGCCUUCCCCUGGCAACGCCGCGUCCAAAUCUCAUCACAUCCUGACCAUCAACGACCUUGAUGAGACUCGUCGGCCGUGGCGGCUUGGUGCCUCCACUAAGGGUCCAAACGCGUCUCCGGCCAAGACGUCUCCCGCUUUAAGGCCCAGAUCCAUCACCUUCGGCACCAGCAUCACGCCGCCUGGUACUAAUGAGAACCUGCACACCUCAGCAUUUCAUAGGGAGAGACAACCUUCCACUCCUACCAGUACUACUACCUCAGGGCUCUCCCCUCAGCAAGAGACUGGCGUUGGCAGCUCUCCGUCAAUCACUUCUCUCCUCCAUUCCUCAAGGACCCAGCAACCCUCCCCUUCUCCGUGCAAGUCUACUGAUGUACCACAGAACUGCCUGGCCUCCUCACAGCCAGAGAGUGCAGAAGCUGGGUUGGCGGAUGAAGUCUUAUUCACGCCGAAUGUUGCUGAUGGAACGGUGUCACUGUCCUCCAAGGAUCAGGAGCUGCUUUGUAACCAGUUUGAUGUGGACACCGACGUAGCGGUGGCCUCUGUGCUGAACGCUAACCUAGAGUUCGAUGAAGCUCUGCUUAACGACAAUGUGGCUUUGCACUGUGGAGGUGCUAAAGAAGGAGGUGAAGGAGAGGCAAUGCAAACCGAGGAGGGGAGGAGCUCGUCGGACCAGAUCCAAAACCCAUGCGUGGAUCCCAGCAAAUCCGUGGCAGCCAUGAGAAAUUUAUCCAGCUCCACAACCACGACUUCAGAACAGGAGGCAGACUCAGCAGACGAGGACAUGGACCAUUACUUGAAUUUCUCUCGUACAGUGGUCUGCGAUGGCCCCAAGGACUCAGCCCAAACAGGUCUCGCUGUACUACCGGCCUCAGGGUCCAUCUCGCAGUUGGAUGGAGCGGACAAUGACUCGGAGAGCGACACAAACGGGUCUGCCGGAGAGGACGACACUCAGGAAACGGGAUACGGUCACCACAGCCUGGAAAAUGAGCCAUCUCAUGGGAUUGUUCCUAAAGCGGGAGGCGAGAGCCAGACUUCCUCAAGCACAUCUUGCAUCUCUUCGGAUGGGACGAAGCCAAAAACCGUGUUGGAAAACAGUGAUGCGGUGACCAUCCUGCAGUCAGGAAUUGAACAAUGUACGUCCAUAGAGUCUGCGAAACCAGAUUUGACGUUCCUGGACCGGAGUGGGGAUAUGGCUGUUAACACAGCCACUGAAGAAUUGAUGUCUUCAGAGGUACAAGGAGCGUUUGAGGCAUCUCAACCAUAUGUAGAGGGUGUCUCAUUAUCAUCACCUGUCUUUGACCCAAAUGCUGACCAAGUUUUGAUUCAGGAAGAAGUUCUUUUGGACUAUGAGCAAGCAGAACGCACAACAGAAUCGGGGUCCGAUUCUACUCGUGGCCAGUACGUGGCAGCAGAUGAUGGUACUAUGGUGUAUCUGCUGGACAAAACGGAACGCACGGAGGACGCUGAUGACUCCUCAUCGCUGGACUCUUUCAGCAACGAAGAAAAGGUGACCGAACCUGUGGUGAGGUUGACGCCAGCGCCUCCUGUGAGAAACAGUCCGAAGGUGCACAUCGUUGCGCCGGCUCCGACGAAAAACGUCCACGUGUCUCCAAGUCCCGCGGCUCAGCAAAACACGUUCAGUUUGACUCUGCCCGUGGGCACCUCCUUACCUUUCUCUGUCCCUGUCAAUUUUGCAACCUCGUCGCCCGCCAUAACCGUUCAUUCCCUUUCACAGGGGAACCCUGCCACUUCAGUGCCAAUGGUUAUCAAUGGUAUCGAUUCUCUACCUAAGGCAGCCACCAAAGGCCGAACGAUAGCCAUUCGCCUUGCCGCUCCGAAGCCGGUGCAGGAGCAGAGGGUUUCCGCUUUGUUGACCGAUGGGACCGGUCCGCCCGCCCCGCAGGUGCUGCUGGUGAACCGUUACGGCCAGAUCCUGGUGAAGGACCCGCAGACCAACACCUUUCAGACGGCCAGGGCCAACGCCCCUCCUUACAGCCACAUCAGGCAGAUUGCUAAGGUCAUCCACAGCAGUAACAUCCUUCCCAGGCCCGUGCCCAGAAUUAUGGUGACCCCGGUGAACUCGGCGCAGGCGAGUUUCGGUCCAGGCACAGCCACACACGUCGUGUCCUACAGUAACAACAGCGCCGUGCCUUGCAGUGUCCUGAUCAGGAAAACCCCCGAAUAUCCCGCCGAACAGCGGACGCUCGGGCAAGGGUCCCUGAGGCGCUCGGGGGGCGCCGAGCCCGAGAACACGGCUGUGCCGGGGGUGCCAGGCUCAGCUAAAGCUUGCGGUGGUUUAGCCCAAGCUAUAAUCGACAAAGCCAUGGCCAGUCAUCGGGAGGUGGAGAGCCAUCCCGUCCCGAGCCCCUCCCGAUUACGGAUUCACCCCGGCCUGGGCAAGACGCCAUCCCCGGAUGCGUUCGGAGCCCCCGCCGACGUCCGUCACAGGACCCAGCCAGCCAUCCUGUCCCGGUCACGUCUGCAGUCUCAGGUCAGAGUGAAGAGGGUGUCCUCGGCCUCGGAACGUCCCGCCGUUAAAAAAUGCAGGACGGAUUUCGUGGAGGACGCGCCCCGGGCUGCCCUGGAGGACCACAGCAGCAGGUCUAGUAAGGUCCGUAUCAAGGCUCCAACAGUUCGGGAUGUGAUGGACCUCAGCCAGCCAGAAUCAAACACCGCUGAACGACUAAAGGCAGAUCACCUCAAUAAAUUCGGAGAAAAAAGAUUUUCUCUAAAGGAAAAUGCAGCCAAUGGGCAGCAGGGGCUUGAGAGCGGUAACCAGGGAAACACGCACGUAUGGGUCAGUUCUCGUCACAGUGACCUUUCAGACUGGGGACCCUACUCAGGUUUUAGUUCAGAUGAGGAUACGUCAUACCCGAAGCAGGAUCCCGAUAAGAGUGCCAACCAGAACCAAUCUCACCUUCGCUUCCACAUCACCAGUGACGACGGUUUCAGCGUGGAGGCGGACUGCAUUGAAGUGGCCUGGAGGGCCGUGGUGGAUGGGGUCCAGGAGGCGCGGGCAGGCUGUAGGCUGGAGCAGCUGCCCCUGGGCAGAGUGAGUGGGGCCCGGGCGCUGGGCGUCAUCCACGACGCCGUGCUGUUUUUGCUGGAGCAGCUGCAGGGCGCCGCCUCCUGCCAGCGCCACCAUUUCCGUUUCCACCAGCACGAGAAACCGGAAGAAGAGCUGCCGGUCAACCCCAGCGGCUCGGCCCGCGCCGAGGUCUACGAACGGAAGUCCACCUUCGACAUGUUUAACUUCCUGGCCUCUCAGCACCGCCAGCUCCCCGUCAGCACCCCGUGUGACGAAGAGGAAGAUGAGGUUAAGCUCAAAUCCAGCAGACGCGCCACGAGCGUGGAGCUACCCAUGGCCAUGAGGUUCAGACACCUGAAGAAAACUUCCAAGGAAGCAGUGGGAGUCUACAGGUCGCCCAUCCAUGGGCGUGGGCUGUUCUGUAAGAGAAACAUCGAGGCUGGAGAGAUGGUGAUCGAGUACGCCGGGACCGUCAUUCGCUCCGUUCUCACGGACAAACGAGAGAAAUAUUACGACAGCAAGGGCAUUGGCUGCUAUAUGUUCCGCAUCGAUGACUUUGACGUGGUGGAUGCCACCAUGCACGGUAACGCGGCGCGUUUCAUCAAUCACUCCUGUGAGCCCAACUGCUACUCCCGCGUCAUCCACGUGGACGGGCAGAAACACAUCGUCAUCUUCGCCCUGAGGAAGAUCUGCCGCGGGGAAGAGCUGACCUACGACUAUAAGUUUCCCAUAGAGGACGCCAGUAACAAACUGCACUGCAACUGUGGGGCGAGGCGCUGCCGUCGCUUCCUCAAUUAGAGGGCGUUUUAAAAUGAAGGCGGUAAGCUGGCUGGUCUCCGCAGCUGGACGCGAACAAACUGGAGAUCCUUCGGUCGAAAUACCAGUCGUGUCCCCAUAAUACGUAUGGAUAUAAGCUACUUUCCCCAGACGUAACCCCAUUGGGCCAGAACAGGCCAGAGCCCAUGCAGGACUGAACAGUGACGACCGGUGUGGAGUCAGAAACACCGAGGGUGUUGACGCGACCCGGAGUGAAGCUCUCAGGUCGCGUCCUCCUGGCCGGAACGCGUCCUCCCGCGGCGCUGAGAGGGGAUCGCGUUUGCAAGCCUCGUGUGUGGCGUGUGUCGUCGGUGCUGUCGAAGACUGAGCCAGUCCUUUAUAGAAGUCUCUUCCUCAUUUCGCUGUUCACCACUUUG